AUGCUGUUGAGGGACUGUGAGACAGACGAGGAAAUAAUGCUGUGUAGGGACUGUGAGACAGACGAGGAAAUAAGGGACUGUGAGACAGAUGAGGAAUUAAUGCUGUUGAGGGACUGUGAGACAGACGAGGAAAUAAUGCUGUUGAGGGACUGUGAGACAGACGAGGAAAUAAUGCUGUUGAGGGACUGUGAGACAGACGAGGAAAUAAUGCUGUUAUGGGACUGUGAGACAGACGAGGAAAUAAUGCUGUUGAGGGACUGUGAGACAGACGAGGAAAUAAUGCUGUUGAGGGACUGUGAGACAGACGAGGAAAUAAUGCUGUUGAGGGACUGUGAGACAGACGAGGAAAUAAUGCUGUUGAGGGACUGUGAGACAGACGAGGAAAUAAUACUGUUGACUGUGAGACAGACGAGGAAAUAAUGCUGUUGAGGGACUGUGAGACAGACUGACUGUGAGAAAUAAUGCUGUUGAGGGACUGUGAGACAGACGAGGAAA